UGGAAGAAGUUAUAGAGCAAGCAGACUACCUGUAUGGGAGUGGAGAAACUGAAAAGCUGUAUCGGUUGCUGGUUCAGCAUAAAAAUAGUGAUGAUGCAGAGCUGUUAUGGCGGCUGGCCCGAGCAUCACGAGAUCUUGCUCAGCUUAGUACUACUUCUGCAGAGAAGAAAAGACAACUGACUUAUGAAUCCCUUGAGUGUGCAAAAAAGGCACUUGAAAAAAAUGAAUCAAAUUUUGCAGCACACAAGUGGUAUGCAAUUUGCCUCAGUGAUGUUGGAGAUUUUGAAGGAAUCAAGACUAAAAUUGGAAAUGCCAUUGUUAUCAAAGAGCACUUCCAGGUAAUGUAAACAGCCAUUGAGCUGAAUCCGAAAGAUGCUACAACAAUUCAUCUUAUAGGCAUUUGGUGUUACUCCUUUGCUGAAAUGCCAUGGUACCAAAGAAAAAUAGCUGCAACGCUAUUUGCCACCCCACCAACCUCCACAUUUCAAGAGGCUCUUCGUUACUUCCACAUGGCAGAGGAAGCUGACCCAAAUUUCUACAGCAAAAAUUUGCUCUUUUUGGGGAAGACAUACUUGAAGUUAAACAAUAAAAAGAUGGCUCUUCUGUGGUUAAGCAAAGCGAAGGACUAUCCUGCACAUACCGAAGAGGACAAACAGGUACAGAAAGAAGCUUUGGAGUUGCUUAAUUCUAUAUAA